UAUGAAUUCAACAACUCCUAAAUCAAGUGGAAUCAAUUAUGCAAGUAUAAUUUUAAUUAUAACCUGAUGGUAGAAUUAAGAAAGCAAAGAUCAAAUUAAGACACUUUACCAAAAUCAAUGUCAACCAAUAUAAAAAUGGAUAUCAAUCAAACUUAAUAAUUUGGAGGGAUUAAGCAUAGAAGUACUUCUUAACACAAUAUUCAUGAAAUGGCAUAAAUUUAAUUGUUUGAUUAAUGUUUAGUGAAAUAAGCAAAUUAAAAUGAGUUUCUGGUUUUCCUUGAUCGUCAAAUGCAAUAUUAUAAUUAAACAACACCUGUAAUAAAAUUAUUUAUAACCUUAGCAAAAUUUUUCAUCUUUUAGAAUCAAUAAUAAAACAAUUCAAGAAGAAAAGAAAAAACUUUAAAUUGAACUCUAAAAAUUUAAUUAAGAAAAUGCUUUUUUAAUUAAAGAAAUAAAAGACUUAAAUAAAACUAAACAAAUGCUCGUAAAGAGAUAUGAUGCUUUAUAAGGUUUAAUAUUAAAGGAACGAUUAAACAACUAACCUAGAGUUCAUUAAUAUAGCAAUCCAAAAUUUUAACAUCUUUUUAAUCAAAUAUCACCAGUUUAAGAGACUAUAUCUUCAUUAACUGAUGAAAGAGUAACAAAAUUUAUAUUAAUCUUAUUUUAGUUUGAGAGUAAUGCAACUUCACUUGAUUCUUCUCUAUCAUAUGAGGAUGAUCAAUCAUCUGCAUCGUAAUUACUAGAUUUAUUAUAGAAAAAUUCGAAGCAUAGAUUCAAUUUUUAGAAGCAAAUGGUAUGA